AUGUCCGUCAAAUUCCAGGAAGAGACCUUCCGCACGGUCGCGGGUGGAAAGCCCGAGGACCUGGCGCACCGCGUCGGUGAGCGCUUGACCGGAGGCAAGACGCAGGCCGGCUAUCUGGCGGCCUACCUUAAACAGCUGCAGAAGAACCCGCUGCGCACCAAGAUGCUCACCUCCGGUGUGCUCUCCGGUCUGCAGGAAUUGCUAGCCUCGUGGAUCGCGCAUGAUGUCGGCAAGCACGGCCACUACUUCAGCUCGCGCGUGCCCAAGAUGUCGCUGUACGGCAUGUUCAUUGCCGCGCCGCUGGGCCACGUCCUCAUCGGCAUCCUCCAGAAGAUCUUUGCCGGCCGGACGAGUCUGAAGGCCAAGAUUUUGCAGAUUCUCGUCAGCAAUCUGAUUAUCUCCCCGAUCCAGAACUCCGUCUACCUGUGCUCGAUGGCCGUCAUCGCCGGCGCGCGCACCAUCCACCAGGUCCGCGCCACCGUCAAGGCCGGCUUCCUGCCCGUCAUGAAGGUGAGCUGGGUCACCUCGCCCAUUGCUCUGGCUUUCGCCCAGAAGUUCCUCCCCGAGCACACCUGGGUGCCGUUCUUCAACAUUGUCGGCUUCUUCAUCGGCACCUACGUCAACACCCAUACCAAGAAGAAGCGCCUCGAGGCGCUGCGCAAGCGCUACAACGACCGCCGCGGCGGCGACUACGAGAAGCGCGACUACAACCCUUAG